AUGAGGUUGUCCACUUUGACAACGUUUCUAGCCUUCCUUGCGGCCCAUGCAGAUGGACAGAUAUAUACUGGACCUCGGGACCCACGCAUUGAAACGGCUUUGACACUGGAUGUUCCCACGAAUGGAGUCAGUACCACGCCAGAUGGACGUUUAUUCCUUGUACUCGCUCGAGUCGAUGGCUCAAAAGGAGCCCAAGUCGUCGAGUACAAUACUACAUCCAAGACUAUGACACCUUACCCCAACGAGGAAUGGAACUCGUACUCGGAGGGUAAGGAUCCAGCAACGCAUCUUGUGCGCAUAAACUCGCAGAGGGUCGGUCCAGAUGGGAAGCUCUAUUUGGUCGAUGUUGGCUCUCCUGCUUUCGGCGAACCUGUCAUACUUCCGCUCGGCCCAAAGCUGGUACAAGUUGACCCAAAUACGAACGAAGUCUCGCGUAUAUACCAUAUGGGAAACUCCACUUUCUCGAACAGUCUGCUGGACGAUGUACGCUUCAAUCCGAAGACUGGCCUAGCAUAUCUCACAGACGCUGGAGAGCCGGGUCUUAUAGUGCUCGAUCUGGCCAGUGGUAUUUCCAGACGUGUCCUAAACACCGAUGUCAGCACUCAAGGAGCCACACCUGUUUCAGCGGAAGGGACAUACCUACUCUCGGCCUCAGGAGGCUUCCAAUACGUUUACGCAGAUCAGCUCGAGGUUUCUCCCGAUGCAAAAUGGUUCUACUUCCAACCAGCCAAUGGAGGGAUGAGCAGACUCGAAACGAAGUGGCUAGAUCAGGCGUACUACAACUCUUCGCUCGCUGGAGAGCAACUGGCCGGGUACGUGGAGCCAUUCGCGUUGACACCAUCCACGGGCGGAACUGCCAUCGACGCUCAUGGGAACAUCUACGUGAGUGACACUGAUAGCCAACGUAUCAUCACGGUUGCACCGAACGGAACCAAGACAGUCUUGGUCCAAGAUCCACGGCUGCUCUGGAUCGACGCCAUGUGGAUUGCUGGCACGAAGCUGUGGAUGCCUGCCGCACAACUCAACCGAGGGACGCCCUUUGGAAAUGGGAAGAGCAACGUCACGAAGCCGUUGUACGCUUUCACGAUCGAUAUUGGCGUCGGGCCUUCUCCUAUCGACCACGCGUGA